AGGGCGGCCGGUUGCAGCAGCUCCAGGGGCAGCAGAACUUCACCAGCCAGGGGAAGGACUGGGAGCAAAGACAACCAGAGCUGCAGGGACCUCAGCCAGGACCUGGAGAUCCCCUGGGCAGGAGCCUUCUUCCAGCCAAAACCACUCUUCAUUCUGUCAAGCUGGUCCCAUCCCGCCUGGUGCUUCCUCUGGAAGUCCCCUAAGUCUGCUGUGGGGCACCAUGGAGGCAGCAGUGUUGCCAGCUUUGCACAGUUUUAACCCAAAUACCUAAUAAGGGGUUUUGAGGAAAUCCAUCUUGAGGAAGAAAAUCGCAGCAUUUCACCAGCUUCAUCUGAACGAGCCAGGGUUUAAUUGAACCCCAGGGUCUCUGGAGGUGCUGCCUGCUGCUCCUUGGGGAGGGGACCUUAGUGUCCUGUCAGCACAGGCUGGGGCUGUGUCCUCCCUGGUGAUGAACGCCGUGGGACACCUUUCCUGAGCAUCGGUGUCCAUGCAGGAGCAGAGGGAGGCCCUCCAGGUCACACUCAACGAUGUCACUGUCUGUGCGCCCGCAGCGCCGAGUCCUCGUCACCAAGAUCAAUAGGAGCCAGUCCUUCGCCGGAGUGAACUCAACAGCCGACCGGCCCUUCAGGAACCUCUCGCCCUUCACCCCCACCGUCUCCCGCAAGACUGGCUCCAGGGUCAGUAGGAUGUUCUCAAUGUCCCACAAAUCGCCACCACCCAAGGUGCCUCAGCCCAACCGCCUGGACGAGGUGUACGAAGCUCUCAAGAAGGGCCUAACAGCCUACCUGGAGGUGCACCAGCUGGAACUGGAGAAGCUCAGCACCCAGAUACGUGAGUCCAAGAGGAAUUCGCGCCUGGGCUUUCUCUACGAUCUGGAUAAGCAAGUGAAGUCCAUCGAGCGCUUCCUGCGUCGCCUGGAGUUUCACGCUAGCAAGAUCGAUGAGCUCUACGAGGCUUAUUGCAUCCAGCGGAGGCUCCGUGAUGGAGCCCACAACAUGGUCAAGGCUUACAGCACGGGCUCACCGGGCAGCCGGGAGGCACGUGAGAGCCUGGCCGAGGCCAGCAAGGGCUACAAGGAGUACACGGAGAACAUGUGCCUGUUGGAGAACGAGCUGGAGAGCCAGCUGGGGGAGUUCCACGUCCGGAUGAAAGGACUGGCAGGCUUUGCCCGGCUCUGUGCUGGUGACCAGUACGAGAUCUUCAUGAAGUACGGACGGCAGCGGUGGAAGCUGCGGGGGCGCAUCGAGGUGAACAGCAAGCAGGUGUGGGACAGCGAGGAAAUGGUUUUCUUGCCCCUCGUCACCGAGUUCCUCUCCAUCAAGGUGACGGAGCUGAAGAGCCUGGCCAACCAUGUUGUGGUGGGCAACGUGUCCUGCGAGACCAAGGACCUCUUUGCGGCUCUGCCCCAGGUAGUGGCUGUGGAUAUCAAUGACUUGGGCACCCUCAAACUCAGCCUGGAGGUGACCUGGAACCCCUUCGACAAGGAUGACCAGCCCUCGGCAGCCAGUACUGUUAACAAGGCCUCCACGGUGAACAAGAGGUUCUCCACCUACAACCAGAGCCCGCCCGACACGCCAUCCCUGCGGGAACAGGCUUUCUAUAACAUGCUGCGGCGCCAGGAGGAGCUGGAGAACGGCACGGCCUGGUCCAUCUCCUCCGAGUCCUCGGACGACUCCUCCAGCCCCCAGCUGUCCAGCAGCUCCCGCCACGCCGCCCACAAGCCCAUCGUGCAGCCCGAGGUGCAGGCCUCCGCCCCCGCCAUCGAGAUCUCCUUCUCCCAGCAGCCAGCGGAGGCUGGGGCUGGCGGCGGCAGUGAUGUCGGCGUCCCCCCCUCUGGGAGCCAGCCGGAGGAACCGGGCAACCGUAAGAAGGAUACGGUGGCCAACGGGCACGUGCCCUACUCCCGGACUCUGAGCCACAUCAGCGAGGCCAGCGUAGAUGCCACAAUGGAAGCCAAGGCUGCAGAGGGCCCCUGGGAGCCCGCGCCCAGUCCGGAGGACACGGAAAUGGGCGAGCAGGACGUGGACCCCCUCCCUGGUGCCACCGUGGCCGCGGCAGGGCAGGACAGGGGUGCCGAGGCCAAGCCCCGUGCCACCGCGGCGUGGGCCACCUCCUGUGAGGUGGAGGCCGGUGGGGACGAGCCGGUGCAGAGCCAGGCGCCGGCACGGGGCGGCUGCGGCUCCGGGGUGACAGCGGCGCUGGCGCAAGCCCCCGCGGAGGAGAGGCCCGUCCCAGCCCCGCCGCUGGCUGCCACCGUCCCCGAGGUGCCGCGGGGGAAGGCAGUGGAUUCGGGUCUGGAGGAGGCUAUCGGCCUCCUGGGCUCGGCCCUGGAUGACUAUCGGGGGCAGUUCCUGGAGCUGCAGCCCCUCGAGCGGGAGCUCAAGCACCUGGAGGAGAUACUGCUGCAGAAGCAGGGUGUCUUCCUCAGCCGAGCCUCCAGCAUGAGCCUGACGGUGGAGCACGCGCUGGAGAGCUUCAGCUUCCUCAACACCUCUGACAUGGAGGACUCAGAGGGCUCUGAGGAGGAGCCUCUCCACGACGAGAGGAGGGCUGGCAGAGCCCGGCGCGGCAGCAGGGCCCCCAGCACCGGCGAGACAGGGGGAGACAACACCGGCACGUGCAGCGGCUCCGAGGCCAGCACCGACCCCUUGAGCACUGGCAAUGAGUUCCUGGAUAAGGCCCUGGUGCUUCACCUCAACAACUGCAACCGCCUGCUGCUGAAGCUGGGCAACUUCGGUCCCCUGCGGUGCCAGGAGAUGUACGCCCUGGACAGGCUCAUGCGGGAGGCGCAAGUGCUGGAGAUCGUGUGCCAGCUGACAGAGGAGCGAGCAGGAGCCGCCGGCUCUGCCGCCGAAGUGGUGCAGUUCUCCACACAGAAAGAGGGUGUCCUGCCCCUUUGGGACUGCUGCGUGGAGGCACCCAAUGUCUACACCUGCCCCGUGGAGCGGUUCCUGCAGGUGCUCAGCACCCAGUACACGGCACCCUUCAGCGAGCGGCACCCUGACCUGGCCGACACCGUGGGUGUGAAGCUGGUGGAGGACAUGCUGAAUCGGCGGCUGCCCCGGCGGCCGGGCAGUGUCCAAGGCGAGCAGGUCACCAUCUUCCAGUACUGGAGCCACUUUGAGUCCCUUGGUCCCCUGGUGCUCGAGACCUACGUGAUGGAGCUGGCUGAGGAAGCGCUGCUGGCCCAGAACCUGAACUCGGAUGACCAGGACGUGGUGCUGCGUGCCCUGAAGCGGGUGCCCGAGGGCCGCCUGAAGAAGGAAGGGCUGAAGGCCCUGAGCCUGCUCCUCGUGGAGGGCAACAGCAAGGUGGUGAGCGCCGUGUCAGCCCAGCUCCGCAGCCUGGCGGAAAACCCCCGCUUCCGCCAACGGGCUCUGGUGUGCUACCUGGAGCAGCUGGAGGAUGAGGAGGUGCAGACGCGCGUGGCUGGGUGCGCAGCGCUGGGCUGCUUGAAGGCCAAGGAGAGCAUCGAGCAGCUGAUUUACCUGUGCCAAACCGACAAGGAGCCCGUGCGGGAGGCGGCCAAGCAGAGCCUGAUGUUGUGCGGGGAAGAUGGUAAAUCCGCUCACCGGCGGCUGGAGGAAACCCUGGAGAGCCUCCCAAGGAUCUUUGCACCAGCCAGCAUGGCCAGUACAGCUUUCUGAGAUGCCACGCAAAGCCACCCGCCAUUCCUCGAGGGCAAAAGCACUGGCUGGGCCACCUGGGCUUGCACGGAUGGUGGCCAGCCGGCAGCUCCGGCUCCGGGCCGCACACCGCAGUAUUCCCCCCCGCUGGGCAGCUCGCCGCGGCCGCACACUGCCUUACGGAGCACCGCGUCCCCCCACCGCCCAGGUGCCACCUCUCGCACCCCCCGGGGCAGGGGGUGGAAUCUCGCUGCACAUCCCACCUUCUCUGAUCGCUAUUUAAAACACACGGGGACGGGGGUGGGGGGUGCCCACCCUUCCUGCCUCCGCCCUGCGCCGCUGGGACCGGAGCAGCAGGGAGACGGGAUUUCUCUGCCUCCUCUUUGCCUUCCUCUCGCUCGUGGGCACCUGCCCUUGUUCCCGGAAGGACCUGCACUUUGGAAACCACGGCCGUUUCGUUCCAGGGGGGAACUGCUGCCCUUUUGCCACCUGGAAGUUCCCCAAGGACUUAAAUAAAGUGAAAUAUGAGAUAUUAAUAUAUUCUGCUGGCGUUUCUUCUUUCCAGCUCCCCGUGCUCCUGUCCCUCCCUGGCUGUGGCUGUAGGGAGUAUGGCCAGAUGUGGUCUCUCCUGCUCUGCUGGGAAGCGCCGGGGAGGGCAGGGGCAGGAGGAGCGACAGAGGGACGGACAGACGGACAGACAGAAGCUGCCACCCUUUUUUUUUUGUUGUUGUUGUUGUCAUUGUUUUAUUUUAUUUUUUAUUUACAGAUUUUUGCAGAAAAACAAAAGCAAAAAAUUCUUUUCUAUAAUGUCUCUAUAAAUCUAUAUAUAAUGUAAUUACAGAGAACAACUAAUUUUGAUUUUAAACCAGAAAUAAAAAAACCCAAACCUUUA